AUCCAAUUUCGGGGUGUUGCUUCAGUUUGGUGAGUGACAUUGGAUAGUUCACUAGCAACAAUCCACAAUCCCAGCCCUUGAUUUGAUUCAAAACUCAUUGUGCCAUCAACCCCAAUCCGCGAUCCAAGAGAGUAGUACACAAGAUGAGGUCGUUUGUCUUCUUGGGUUUGGCCAUUGCGGCCGUGUCCGCGGAAGCUCAGUAUGGUUCCCAUGGGGCUCCUUCCGAAAAGAUGGAUGACAAGAUGAUGUAUGGCCACGAGAUGCCUCACAUGGAAUACCAAGAACCAGUGUAUGCCCGUCCCCAUGAAUAUCAACAAUACCGAGAGCCUCAUUACAUGCCUCACAUGGAGCAUGGCUAUGAACGGCGUCAGUACGGUUACCAGAAACCCAAAUAUACCACUCCAAAGCCGGCCUACCAUCAACCUGAGCCCGCGUACAAGCACCCCGAGCGAGCCUACGGACAUCCCGAGCCUGCCUAUGGACAUCCUGAACCCGCCUACAACCACCCAAAACCAGCCUACAAGCACCCGGAACCCGCUUAUGAGCACCCAGAGCCCAAGCAUGAACCCGCAUAUCCCAAGCCCUCGUAUGGUGAAGAUAGCCGCAAUUACCAUUACCAAAGCUAUCACAUGCCUGGAUAUAACCACCACAUGUUCCAAGAGCCUGAUACACAGACUUACAUGAACCACAUGACUUAUCAUGACCAUAAAUCCUACGAUCACAUGCCCCAUACCAAGCAGAACGGAUACCGACCUGAACCUUCAUACACCACACCUCGACCUUACCACCCUACCACCUACAAACCAACUCCUGAGCCCUACAAGCCCACUCCUAGACAUUACGGCCCCACCCCUAAGCCUUAUAGGCCUACCCCUGAGCCCUAUGGCCCAACCGCUAAACCAUAUGCCCCUACUCAUGCCCCUUACAACCAUUAUCGACCUACUCCCUCCCCAUACCACACCACCACCUACAGACCUUACCAGGCUCAGUCCAAGUCCUACGAAUACGAGAUGCCCGAGCCUUAUAUGCCCUAUGAAGAGGAGAAACCGGCACGCCCCGCUUAUCAUGCCAACGCUUAUGCUUCCACCACUCCCAAAUACGCCAAGGAGAUGAUGAUGGACGAUCAUAUGGAGAAAGAGACCGGUGUCGCCCCCUACAGCCCACCCAAGUCCCCGGCCAAACCUGAACCCCAGUACUUGGGAAAAUUCCAACACCCAACUCACAAAGUGGAAGGUGAUAUCUUCAAAUUGGAUGACCACACCCUGUACAUCCAAGGUUUCAGUUUCGAUGGCGGAGCUCCCGACGUUGUCUUUUUCUCCGAUGGAGUCGCCAUUCCCUACUACACUCGAUCCAAUCCUCAAAUGACCGUGAAUGUGAAGAAGUUUGACAAGGAGGAUGUUGUCUUGAUGCUCCCACCCGAAAAACCUACUCUCAAGGAUCUGCAACAUUUCCAAGUUUGGUGUCGCCAAUUCGAGCAAGAUUUUGGCGAGUUCGUUAUGAACUAGGCCUCAAGUCCCGACCACGAUGAUUCGAGUUUCAAUACUUGAUACGUAUCCGCUAUUUUAUACAUAUUAUGGAUGACUAUUUAUGGGCAUUAUUUAAGAAUUGAUACAAGUACUUCUCCAUUCCUUUCAUCUACUCCUUGAUCGCCAUGUAACGAGAGUUACUGGUGCAAGCGCCGUGUGAUUCAGAAUAAAAAGCAUCAGAGCAAU